AUUCAUUCGUUCCCCUUUUUUACCCUCACAGAUCAACUGUACGUGCAUAAUCUGGACAAGCAGUGUUUACGAUGCCUCUGCUAUGCGGCCACCAGUUGCGACAUCACAUUGGGCUGCACCGCCGGAUACUGCGGACCCUACAAAAUUAGUCGACUCUAUUGGAUCGAUGCAGGUCGGCUCGUACUCCCAGAGGAUGACCCCGAAAGGGCAGGAGCUUUCGAGGAUUGCGCUUUGAAUUUAGGCUGCGCCCAGAGGAUGGUCACCACGUACCUCUCAAAAUUCGGAAAAGAUUGCAACGACGAUAAUGUGACGGAUUGCAACGAUUAUCUGAAGAUAAACUUCAACGGAGGUUAUCAAUGUACGCCGAAGCUCGAUAGGAACGAAGCAGGAAGAAACUGGACCAAAAGAUUCGACGUCUGCCACCAAUUGCUGUGAUAAGAAAAUCAUUUUCGAACAAAAUAACCGACAUACCUAAACAAUCUCGAUUCCUAACAAAUUUAGAUUGUAUU